AUGAUGCUUCGCAGUUCGCAUCUCGAAGACGCACGUGGGCCGCACAUGUACCCAGGUGACCUGCGCUCCGCUGUCCCAAUGUUCCACAUCAUCUCCACCGUACUCACAGGCGUUGCUAUCCCCGCUGUCCUUGAUACCGUUCCUGGAGCAGAAGUCGACGCGCUCCAUGGUCCCUUGCCGGAUAAGUUCAAGGAACACACCUUCCUCAAUGUCGCCGGUUUUGAACCCUUUGCCUUCGUGUUGGAAUCGUCGAUCGCAGCGUCGAGGGCAGCAGUUGCUGGUGAAGCGCUCUAUGGCGCUGGGAAUGACUUUGAAGGGGCUGGCGUUGGGUUUGGCUUCAGGAGUGCUGGCGAAGCGCUCUUCGGCGCUGAGAAUGAAUUUGAAGGGGCUGGCCUUCGUGCAAGUCCUUCAUCUGUACUUGAGAGAAGUCCAUCCUGCUUCAAAUUAGCGCACGGACAAUCACAAGAGGUUAGACGACUUACUUUUCGGAUGCGAGCCGCAGCCCGUUUGCCGGGCAAUCGUCCAGCUGAGACAUGGGCGGUUGUUGUUAUUAUUGUGGUGAUGUUUGUCAAAAUCUGUUGUGCUGUUGGAGAAUGGAAAGAGUCGCUUUGGCUUGGCGGGGCACGGGCGUCUCGCGGGCUUCCAAGGCAAGAACGCGCUCUCGACAUCGUCUGA